AUGAUUGCAACCAGCUAUGUACUCCAUAGCAGUCUCAAGUUUCGACUCAAACAUCCGCGCCGACUCGUAACGAGUAUUUCCAGACUUUUCGGUGCAAAAUUUUAACAAUUCACUAUUCACAUUGGAAAAACCGAAAUGUGCGCUGCGCGUUCGAAAUAAUGCCGCGCACAUUUUUCGCGUACUUUUCCUCGCUGCUACACAUAACUCCAAACCGAAAACAUCAAAAACCAGUCGCGCGUUGCAUGCUAAUCGUGUCGAUACAUAUUAAUCGCUUAAUAUCUAAUUGAAAUCUAGCGCGUAAAAGUUUGAUUGUCUUAAAUUGUUUAAUUGAUCGGCGCCUUUGCAUGGCGUCCAAUUCAAACUGGUUGCAACUAGAUGAAGAGACGAAUCGAUUGGCGUCGAUUGCAUGCGACACGAAAGCCCCAAACAUCGUCUUCGAAAGGUGCAAUAAUGGAAGACACCGACUCCGAUAAGCGGCACUAUAAUGUCGCAACGCUAACAACUUCAACAUCAUCUCUAAACAGACCAAACAAAUGCGUCGGAUGUAUGCGUUCGAAUCUACUCACAAUCCUUACAAUCGCAGGGGUUGUACUCGGCGGAGUGCUUGGUUUCUGCCUAAGAGCAGGAAAAGAUAACUGGACCGAACGACAAAUAAUGUACGUGAAUUUUCUCGGCGAUAUUUUCCUGCGAAUGUUAAAAGCACUCAUCCUGCCGCUUAUUUUAUCGUCCUUGGUCUCAGCCAUCGCUAAUUUAGAUCUUUCAUUGUCUGGAAAAAUAGCCGCCAGAGCAAUUAUUUACUAUUUAACUACAACAUUCCUCGCGGUAGUCCUCGGAAUUAUCCUUGUAACACUCAUACGACCCGGUGAUAAUAGCACCGGCGGAUCCAAGAUGGCGCCGGGAAAUCUAAGAAAUAUUACGACGGAUGAUACGUUGUUAGAUUUGGUGCGCAGUAUGUUCCCGCCGAAUUUAGUCGAAGCAUGCAUUAAACAGCACAGGACCUUGUUGAUACCACCGAAAACUAAUCCAAAUGAACGUGACUUAUCAAAAUGGUUAAUUCGAUCAGAGUCAGUGGACGGCACGAAUAUCCUAGGUCUGGUUGUGUUUUCCGCCGUGCUGGGAAUCACACUCGCAAAGAUAGGCGAAGAAGGCCGCCCGAUGACGAACUUUUUCCAGGCGAUGAUGUCUGCCAUGAUGACCAUAACCACGUGGGUGAUAUGGUUAUCUCCGGUGGGCAUUUUCUUCCUAGUCGCCAGUAAGAUCGUGGAAAUGGAUGAUUUCGGCCAAACAAUGAGUCAAAUGGGCAUGUAUUUCGCCACGGUAUUCAUCGGAAUAAUAAUCCAAGGAUUUAUUUUCUUGCCGACAAUUUACUUCAUUAUGACGCGCAAGAAUCCGAUCAAGUUUAUUUCAAAUAUGGGACAAGCCCUUGCGACAGCUUUCGGUACCGCAUCAAGCGCUGCAACAUUGCCGGUAACAAUGGCAUGCCUGGAAAAUAAUAACAACGUUGAUGUGCGAGUCUCUCGCUUUGCGUUGCCCAUCGGAGCAACGAUAAACAUGGACGGCACAGCGUUGUACGAAGCCGUCGCCGCGUUGUUUAUCGCCCAGGUGCGCCGAGUCGACCUGAGCAUCGGUAGCAUCAUCGCUGUGAGCAUCACCGCGACAGCGGCAAGCAUCGGUGCCGCCGGCAUACCGCAAGCCGGUUUGGUCACGCUGGUAAUGGUCUUAGAUACGGUGGGCUUACCAGCUGAAGAUGUCACCUUAGUGCUUGCCAUCGAUUGGAUAUUGGAUCGUCUGCGUACGACAAUUAAUGUCUUAGGCGAUGCAUUCGGCGCUGGUAUCGUCGAUCAUAUGAGUAAAAAAGAGCUGCUGAAGAUGAAAGACGGCAACUCAAACGCGAAUUCCACGCCGACACGCAACGGUAACUCGAAUGCGCUGCAUGCACAUCAAAACAACUCGUACGAGAUGGACGAGCACGUGUGAUAUUUACGAUCGUUGUUAACAAAUCGACGAAACGAAUCAUCAAGUUUAUUCUUUAGAUAUGUUUACGAAUGCCUUAGUUUAGACGUGUGCAUCCAGUUUAUAUUACAUAAUAAAUUUCAUUUUACUCAG